AUGGGGUAUGUGCUGGUAGUUCAGCAAGAGUUCACUGACAGGGGAGACGCGAAACCGCUCGGUGCAGGGUUGACCGUGGGUGUGUUUGUCACAUUUAUCUGCAGCAUAUUUGAUUACAUCAAGGUGAACAAUGCUCCUCUCGUGGCCCUUGUGGAUCCAGUAUAUGACUGCCUCUAUAGGUUGGCUCAGCCAGAUGCCUUGAUCAAUGAGGAAGAGGUGGACUGCCUGGUUGUACAGCUCCAUCGUGUUGGCGAGCAGCUGGAGCAAACAAACUCCCAGCGCAUGAACCAGCUUUUUUACUUGCUACGGGAUGGUUUUCUCCUUCAGGAAGACCUCAGCUCCAUGACUAGGCUCUUGCUCCUGGAGAUCUUGGAGUUCAGGGCCAGUGGCUGGACCCUCACUGACACUGCGCACAAGUACUACUACAGUGAAGUAGUUGACUGAGGUGCACUGAGAAGAGAAUGAUGUUCCUUGUUAGCAUUAAGAUUUCAAGCAUUCAGUGUUUGCAGCAGGUCUGAACAGUACUUCAUGGGAGAAAGAAGUGGAAAUCCCAUGUAAUAAUAAUGCGGAGAAUUAUGGAAGAGCUUGUGUUCAUGCAUUUGCAUGUGUUGUGUUCAGUGUUUGAGUUUAGCAGAAUGUUCAGUUUUGGUGUUCUCUUGUGAAUUCAGCAUUAUGAAUCUGCACUGGAUAUUGACUUGAUGCAAUAAGAAAAGCAAUCGCUACUAGCUCUAAAACUGUGAGCCACCAGCAGAAUUCUUGAAUGUUUUUUUUUUUAGAUUUGAUACAAUGUACAGUAUUUUUUUCUUUUUUUUUAACAUGUUUUUACAGUGAAGGGUAAUUGCAACCUCAGAGGAAGAUUGUCUCACCUUCAGUGUUGUCAGUAUGACGGGAUACCUUGUUAAAGUUUCUUAAUUUUGUAUUAAUUUAUAAGAAAGCCUAUAUUGUUGAUUUAUUUAUGGGCCAAUAUGUGUGAAAACAUGUUCAGUCAUGCUGGCUGCUGUAAAGGUAUCCUUGCAAAUUUGAGAGCAUUUACAUGGUCUUGUUUAUAUUUCUAUUUUGAAUUCAAUAAAUAGAAAGAAGUUUAACUCU